AUGUCGAAAAUAACUACAGACCAUCUUGAGUCAGUGGAGCAGGGCAAAAGUGUAGACGAAGCACAAUGGCAAGCCCAGUUCGACCCAGAUCUUCUACGUCGGGUAAUCAGGAAAUUAGAUGGGAUGGUGAUUCCAUUCAUCUGCGUCACGUAUCUCAUCACUUACAUCGACAAAGCAAUGAUGGGCUAUGCCGCUGUUUUUGGACUCAAGGAGGAUUUGCAUCUAAAAGGGACUGAAUAUAGUUGGCUGGGUAAGAGCAACCUUCUUCUACAUGAGGACAUGCUAACAAUGACAGGGAGCAUGUUCUAUUUUGGAUAUCUCGCCUUUGAGUACCCUUCUGUUUUCGCUAUGCAGAAACUCUCCGUGUCAAAGUGGCUAUCCGCGAACAUCUUCAUCUGGGGUGGAGUGACCAUGGCUCUGGCGGCGUGCACGCAUUUCCAACCCUUUCUUGGUCUUCGAUUUGUCCUCGGUGCUCUCGAAUCCUGCUCAACACCAGCUUACCUCCUCAUCACAGCAACAUGGUAUACUAUUGAAGAACAGCCGAUCAGGAUUGGAUGGUGGUCGACCUUUCUGGGUAUUGCAAACGCUUUUGGUGGGCUCUUGGCGUUUGCUAUUGGCCAUAUCCAUGGCGACCUAGCAUCAUGGCAGUAUCUGUUCAUCAUUAUAGGUGCCAUAUCUUCUGCAUGGGGAGUGUUCAUGUUCUUCACUCUUGCGGAUGGUCCGGCUACAGCUGGCUGGCUUACCGCAGAAGAAAAGCACAUCGCGAUCAAUCGUCUCGGCCCCCAACACUCCGGCAUAAGGGUGUCCGAGAUCAAGAUGUACCAGAUAUGGGAGUCGCUGACAGAUCCCAAAACUUGGUUUUUCUUCCUGUGCGGCGUCUGCACACAAGUCGUCAACGGGGCGGCGAGUAACUUUGGGAGUCUGAUCAUUGAGGGGUUCGGAUACUCGAAUCUAGUCACGACAUUAUUCCAGAUCCCGUACGGGAUGGUGAUCCUUGUCUCCAAUGUGUCCGCUAUGUACAUUCAGCGAUGGCUGCCGGGCCAGAAGAGGUGUAUCGUUGGUGCUUUGUAUGUGUGUCCGGCUCUGGCGGGAGCGGUCGGGAUCCAUACCAUAUCGAGAGAUCACAAAAUCGCUCUGCUGGUUUGCUACUGGUUAACGAGUACUUAUACAGCAUCAUUCGCCCUGAUCAUGUCCCUCAUCACCGCAAAUACAGGAGGCACAACCAAACGAUCGGUUGUUAAUGCCAUAUUCUUCAUUUCGUACUGUGUCGGAAAUAUUAUCGGGCCGUUUGCAUUCAAGUCAGAUGAAGCGCCCCAAUAUACAUCGGGAAUCAUUGCGAUGUUGGUCGCAUAUUGUGUGGAGAUUUUUCUCUUGCUCGCGUUCGCAGUCUAUGCGGCGCACUUGAAUCGCAAGAAGAACGGAAUUGCAUUAAGAGGAAACCAGAGAGAUACUGAGCUGGACCAGACAGAUACGGAGAACGUUCACUUCAGAUAUUCGUACUGA